AUGGACGGAGAACAUCACCACCACAACCGCAGGUUCGAGCUCGACCCGCUGAUCAUCGGCCUCCUCGGGAUCAUGGUCGGAGCUGUCUUGGUCGCGACCUACCACUGCAUCCUCGUCGGCCUCCCCAACCCCAUCGCCGCACACAAUCAAGCUCAACCCAGUAGUGAUUCCGAUGAGCACGACCGAGAAAGUGAUGAUCGGGCUCAGAGGCAAAGACAGGCCGGGCCAGGCCUUGCCUCGGCGCAGCUGGACAUGGCCGUAAUCCGCGACGACAAGGAGGACUCGAGAGGGGAAGACGCGUGCGCCGUGUGCCUUUGUGAGCUCAAGGACGGCGAGCCCGUUCGGGUGCUGCCCGAGUGCAUGCACUACUUCCACGCGGCUUGCGUCGACGCGUGGCUCUACUCGCACGCCAAUUGCCCGCUGUGUCGAGCGAAGACUGAUCCUCCGGCGGACGUCGUGCUCGCCGUGGCGGAACUCGACGGCAUUCCGGCAGCGGAGCAUCAUAGACAGGCAGUUCUCGAGGGUCCGGACCCAGCCCGGGGAAGUAGCAACGUGUUUUAG